ACACAAACAGACACACAUCAGGUAUCACAUCUCGGCUGGUAAAAAUAGCAUGUUGUGUCACACACACAGUCACAGUUAGUCUCAGUAAACAAGCCGGUGAAAGAGAACAGACAGGAGGACGUUAACAGCAGCAGAGAUGGGUUUGGAGAGGAAGGUGGACGUUCCGGUCUACGAUCUGUCUCUGAUCAGAGGGAUCUGGGAGGUCCGAGUGAAGAAAUACAGACACAGACAGAAGAAGGAGCAGGAGAGGGUCGAGAAGAGCGCGCUCGCCAGGAUCGACCAGCAGUGGCAGUAUCGCAUCUACUGUAAGACACUGAAGACGACUGAGCUGAACCUGCUGCACCAUUACCUGGAGAGAUCUACAGCGACUGAUAUACAGCCGUACACAGAAGCAGACCAGCAGCAGGACCAGAAAGCCCAGCAGGAUCAGAAGGAGCCAGAUCAGAGCAAACUGAUCUUCCAGCUGGAUGGAGAGCGAUGGACGCACUUCCCCAGGGAGCUGCAGUGGAUGACCUACCUGAAGGAGUGGCACAUCAGAGACACAAAGAUCCGCCAGUUGCCGGACUACCUGGCUCUGUUUACCCAGCUCACCGUGCUCGAGAUCCCCAAAAACACCAUCACCGAGCUGCCGCCUGAGAUCGGUAAACUGACUGGACUGAGGGAGCUGAACGUCAGCUACAACCGUCUGUCCAAAGUUCCUCCAGAGCUCGGAAACUGUGAGAACCUGGAGAGGCUCGAACUGGCGGGAAACCACAACCUGUCGGAGCUGCCAUUUGAGCUGCGCAGCCUGCAGAAGGUGGUUCACCUGGACAUCGCGGAGAAUCGGUUUGUCUCGAUCCCGAUCUGUGCUCUGAGGAUGAGCAGCCUGCAGCUGUUGGACCUGAGCAACAACAGUCUGACCGACCUGCCGCAGGACAUGGACAGGUUGGAGCAGCUGGAGACGCUGUUCAUCCAUAAGAACAACCUGACUUACCUCCCUCAGUGUCUCGCCAACAUCUCCACGCUCAAGAUGGUUGUCGUCAGCGGCGAUGAGCUCACCUGCCUCCCCUCCAAACUGUGCAGAAGCCCUGAAAUCAAGUUUAUUCGGCUGUACGACAAUCCUACAAGUGCAGAGAAGAAGAAGAAAGAGGAGAAGAAGAAGAAAGAGAUGAGCAAGAGGAGGAGGUGGAAAGAGCAGAGAGAGGAGGAAGUGAAGAAGGACGGCCGAGAGAAGGAGUUCAUUGAGGCGUACAUCAGCACGCUGAAGGACAGAGAGUCCGUCCCCGACUCCACCACCAUGGUCUCCAUCUCCUGCCUGCUGUGAAGAAGAUGAGGAGGAAGAUAAAGAAGGUUGGAUUGAAAGUCUGACGCCAUGUGAGUGAUUCAAAGAUGAUUUGAUACAGCACGAAAAAAAAGAAAAAAAAUCUAAUGAAAAAUGUUAAAUCAUAUCCAAGUCAAAAUGUAGGUAAACUCUUAAUUUUAUGAAUUAAACUUUUUCAAUUUUAGGUCAUAAAUUUGAGCCACAAAUUUAAAUGUGAUUUUUUUCAUUUUUUAUUUUCUAUAUGAAAGCAACAUUUAAUCAAAAAAUGAGAAAAAAAUAAAAUUAAGAAAGCUAAAUUGUUCAAACAACAUUUUUAUAGAAAGCAGAUUUUGAAUAAAAUGAACAAUUUUAGAAAUUUGACUUCAGAAUCAUCAUUUUGACUUUGGAUUUCUAGAUUUUUAACAUUUCACUUAGGUUUUUUUUUGGCAGAAAUGAACUUCCAUAUUUAAAAGCUAAUGAUCUGUGAAUUUAUUCAAUUUAAUGAAUUUCCACUGACUCAGUUACCAAAUCUUUUUUAUUGAAGUUUUCAAAUAAAGUUCUGCUUUUCAAAAAAGAAUUUUUCAUUCCAAAAUCAGAUUUCCAACAUUUAAAUAGAACAACAUCAACUCAGACAUUAAAGCUUUAGUCAACAGUCCCAUAUUUUACACUUAACUAUUUAAUAUUUUAUAAAUGUUUGAAUUUCAGGUAUUUCAGAUAAAUGUAUUACACUCAGGUUGAUUCAAGUCAAAGAUAUUUUUGGUUUAUUUUGGUUUCUGUGUAAGGUUUGAUUGUUUUAGUUUAAAUGACUGGAUGUUUGAGAUAAACUGGAUUUAUCAGUUCAAAGUGUAAAAGUUGUGACCAAAGAGAGAAAAAUGUCAGUAAACAGAAAGUUUUUAACAAGUAUGAGUCUAAUGGUUUGAUUAACAGGUUUAAACAGUGUGUAUAUAGGGAUUAUUUAUUUGUUAGAUAGUUUGUGAAGUUGUAAAUUUUCUGUUUUGAAGUUGAACUAAAAUAACAAAUGUCAACAUACAGCAAUUAGUUUAUUUAAAAAAAAUCUGAAUAUGGAUCUUGAUUAAUUUCUGCAAUAAUAUGUACAGUACAAAUUACUGUUAUUAAAACACAUGAUACAGGAUUUUAUUUCCAGAUUUGGUCUCUUCAAAAUAAAAAUUAAAGUUUUUUUUAUUAUUUUUUUUAUUUGUUUGAUUUUUACUGAAGUUUCUGUGUGAUACUUGGAUAGUGAAGUCUGUGUUUUUAUUCUGACAUUUUUUAAAUUGAAUAAAAGUGGUUUGUGAAAAAUGAA